AUGGUACUCAAUGGUGCACAGGGGGCACGGUGGGCUGAGAAUCGGUUCCGAGUAAGAUUUGAGUGCAACCGCCUUCCGAAUCAGUGGAAGAUGCCAAUGCUUGGGAGGGAGGGAGGCGGGGUCCCGUGCUGUAAUAGAUGUGUACCAGCAUCACUCGCCCACUCGCUAGUUGUGCUUCUAGGCCGCACCGAGACAAUUGCAGAAACUAUGACACAGCAGCUGUACCGUACCGUACUGUACAUAAGGCCUAGGGUAGCUACGGUAAUGUCAAUGAUGCCUUUCCAGCCGAUAUCCUACCAAGCGAGUACCACCCGGCCAAUACAGCUACGGCCAGCAGGGGUGAGCGCGCACCGCUAA